UCAUUGAAAGCAGCCAUCAGGCAAGGAGAAGUUCAGACACUGAGAUAAGGACUUCUGGUGCCAUCGUGGGCAACAUGGAGCUGGUGACGAUGCUGGCCAGGAGCAGGGAGCGGGCAUCGCUGCCUGUCAGCCAUGGUGCAGUGCUGGCGGUGAGCGGGGUCAUGGGGCACACUGGUGGCCCCACCAGCACUACUGGAAGCCAUCACCAUGCUGUGGGCAGCCGGGAGAGAGGCAAGAGGGCUCUGGCUUCUCCCAGCACCCCUGCAGCUGCCGAGGGGACGACGCUGGUUUUGGCAGACAUCAGCACCAAUUUGACUGACAGGACAUUGGUUGGGCACUACAGGGCCUGGGACAAGGUGGGGUUUGACAGCGUGACAAGGACGGAGCUGCUGCCUUCAUCCGCAGAGACUCGUCACCCAGCAGCUGGGAGCAGCGUCACAGCUGCAGAAGACCCGAGGUCUGGUAUCCACAGGGCAGUGCCUGGCUCCAUGGCGCAGCCCCUGGCCUCAGCACCCUUCUUGGUGGCCCUGACGUGGGGACGCUUCCCUGGGCCCUCCACAGAGCACCAGCUCACUCCUCGCCCAGCUUCUGAAAGCACUGCUGCAGCCGUUGGAAGCAGCUACCAGCCGUCCCGCGUCUCGGCCAUGGAGAGGAGAGUUUCGGAUUUCCCCACCACCAGCAACUCCGUUUCCACAACAGCCACCAAAGCCUUUAGAAGCAAUUUUGAACCCAAGAGCAUCCCAGCCGCAGAAGAGGAGAUGCUGCACUUGGAUGUCCAUGGUGCUGACAUGCCCAGUGUGGCAGUGGGUGCAGCAGGGUCUCCUCCAAAUGGCCACUCAGCUGGCGUGACAAGGGGCUCUGCCACCAACACUGACCCCACCAGCUCUUUGGAGGUAACCUUCUCCUCCUUGGGGGCCAAAACACACCGUCCUAACAACUCACAGGAAACCACCAAGGAGCCUUUGCUCACAAGCUCCCUCUCCACCUCCAAAAGCACUUUCAGAGCUGUGGGCAGCAGCCAUCGCUCCCUAAGCAGUUCAACUGCCAAGGAAAGGAUGUUCGAUCCCAUCACUGAUCCUGCACAUCAUUCAUUCACAUCUGCUGGUGAUGGAGAGAGGACACUGCACUCGGUGACGGACAAGGCACUGUCCAGUGUCAUGGAGAGCUUUGCCUCCUAUGCCGAAACCAGCAGCUCUCCGGGGCCAGCUGAGCCAGCGUCGGUGGAGCAGAGCGGGACACCCAAUGUCUCCACCAGCAGCGGGGGCUUUGCGGCCUUUGCGACAGAGACGCUCUUUGCACAUUCUUCCAAGAUACCCACCACUUCUUUCCAAAAUGAUCUCACCAGCUUUUCAAGUACCCAUCAGCGAGUCAGUAGCGUUGAUGCUGAGAAAAGGACCUCAGUUUCUCAUACGGAUGGCACAUACAUUUCAACCACAUAUACCAGAGGAGGAGAAAGGACACUCCUGUCUAUCUCAAAUAGCAGCACCUCUGCUGACUCCUCAGAAAGUUCCACCUCUUUUUCUGAAAUUUCCAACCCUUAUGAUUCAUUGAAGUCUUCUGUGGCACAGGACAGGACGAGCAACGUAUCCAGUGAUGGCAGUUUUGUUGAACCAUCGACAGAGCCGUUGCUGGUACACUCUUCCAAACUGUUGCCUUCUGCUUCUGCAGGCAGCGUACAAAAUACAACUCUCUUCAACAGUGACUCUGAGUUGUUGACCACUGGCAGAUCAUCUGUAUCUUCAUCAGCAUUUCCAGCCUCUUCCUCAUCCAACGACAGUGAUCAAGCAAGCACCUCUGCAGCUACAACUGUGGUCAGGCGGGUGCCCUCCACAGCCACUGUGGCUGCAAGCUUGCCCAGAAGCACCAACAAGCACAAUGUCACGCAUCGGCCCCAAAGGAGCACCACCUUCACCUCCACCACGUCUCCACUCCCCACAGCACCCAUGGAGCAGCUUGGUGGACACAUCGUGUCCAUGUCCAUGUCUGCUCCUGUGACAGUAACUGAGACUGCCUCGCCGAGAGCUGCCACUGUCCAGCAGGGCAGCUUUGAGAAGGCAACGCCACUGCUCACCACGGCCAAUGUGGAUAAAUGCCUUUCCAACCCUUGUCCGGCACUGGCCACCUGCAACAGCACCCGUGGCUCCUAUACCUGUCAGUGUCCUCUCGGAUAUGAGCUGGAAAAAGGAAAGUGCAAUCUAGUAAGAAUAUUUAUCGGCCAGGUCCCCCUGAAACUUAAUAUUACCCAUGGAAAGUACACAGAGCUUCUCCACAUCGAGGGUGAAAUCCUGGCGAUGCUCGAUGCAUCGCUGUCAGGCUUGCCAGGGUACCACCGCUCAGCAGUUAAGGCAACCAGGGAGGCAAAUUUUGUGCAUGUUUCAGUGCAAUCCACGUUCUCUUUAGCAUCCAAUGUGACUUUCUACGACAUUGUCAGCAGUGUGAAAAGCUACAUUCGAGCUUGCAAAUCCCCCACUGACACCUGCCAGUUCAUCUCCAGCUUGAAACCACUCCACAGAGUUGGCAGCUUGUGCAAGCAGAAAGACCCUGAAUGCGACAAGGAAACUUCUGAAUGCACCGACUUUGAUGGGGUUGCACUCUGCCAGUGCAAAAGUGGGUACUUCAAAUACAACAAGAUGGACCACUCCUGCAGAGCCUGUGAAGACGGAUAUAAGCUGGAAAACGAGACCUGUGUGAGCUGCCCGUUUGGCUUAGGUGGAUUCAACUGUGGAAACCCAUAUCAGCUCAUCACGGUGGUGAUCGCGGCUGCAGGAGGGGGACUUCUGCUUAUCAUGGGCAUAGCACUGAUUGUCACCUGCUGUCGGAAGAAUAAAAAUGACAUAAGUAAACUCAUUUUCAAGAGUGGGGAUUUCCAGAUGUCACCAUAUGCUGAAUAUCCAAAGAACCCCCGGGCACAGGAGUGGGGCAGAGAAACCAUCGAGAUGCAGGAGAACGGAAGCACCAAGAACCUGUUGCAGAUGACAGAUGUGUAUUAUUCGCCAACUGGACUGAGAAAUCCUGAACUGGAAAGAAAUGGACUUUAUCCUCCCUACACUGGUUUGCCUGGAUCUCGUCACUCAUGCAUCUACCCUGGACAAUACAAUCCCUCCUUCAUUAGUGACGAAACCAGACGAAGAGACUAUUUUUAG